GAACCCAACAACUUGUAACAUCCAACACAAACUCAUCUCUAUAUAUACACACUUCUCUUUGGCUAAACUUGGUGCAAUACACACACAAACACUUGCAAACACUCAUAAUUCCUCCCAAUUCCCAAACAACCCCAAAACUUGUUCUCUUAUGGCAUCAUCUCUUCCUCAAUUCUACAACGAUUUCACAUUUUCCAGUGAGAUUUCUUCGCAGUUUCACGGUUCUUCUUCCUGUCCUGAUAUCUCAGCUCUAUCCAACUACGUCGGCGACGGUUACGGUUCCUUUAACACAUCUCCUAUCCAAGAAUCCACAUUUUUGCCCCAAGUUUUUGGGAUUUCUGACGUUUUUAUGCCGGAGUACAACAACUACUACCAGAGAAGGGGUGUGAAUAAUGUCCCACAAUAUUUUCGUGGUGGAGACCAAGAAUACUACGGCUAUUCACCGGAGUUCAAGCCCUUAUCCCGUCCGUCCUCUGGAGAUCAAUCCUCGGGAAAUAGUGAAGGAGGGAUACAAUCUGAGCCGAACACAAAAGUGGGACGAUACUCGGUUGAAGAACGUAAAAAUAGAAUCAUGAGGUACUUGAAGAAGAAGAACCAACGCAACUUCACUAAGACCAUCAAGUAUGUAUGUCGUAAAACCCUAGCUGACCGGCGUGUUCGUGUUCGAGGACGAUUUGCCAGAAACAACGACACAUGUGAACAACAAUCUCACAUGUCUAAGCAUCACAAAAACCAUUCUGAAAAGAACGAAGAUAUGUUUUCGGGAUCAGACGACUAUCUAUUCCAGAUGAAAAACGACGAUGGAUGGCUCCACGAAGCAAUGUCUAAUCUGGUUUAUUUUCCUUGUGAGCUGGACGCGCCAAGUGGUACUAAUCAUCCAAACACAUGGAGCUAUAAAAUUUGAUUAUUUUAACUAUAAGAAGCUUAAUUAUUUUAUGAUAGAUUUGUAAUCAUGAUGUACUUAAGUAUUCACGUGGUUAACGAGCAUGAAGAUUCUGCUUAGUAAAUAUAUAAAAGAA